CAACGAUGAUUGCAUUGAGGGUCCUAUGGGAGGUGAGCUCUUGGUGGCUAGGCGCAUACUAAGUGUUCAAAUGAAGGAAGAUGAUACCUUGGAGCAGCAAAGAGACAACAUUUUCCAUACAAGAUGCCAUGUAUAAGGUGAAUUGUAAAAUAAUGGGAGGUCAUGGAGGUCUUAACAUUCUUCCUCAAAAGAGGUGGAAUGUAUACAACUAUGAGAACAGAGAGAAAGUCCGGAAAGAUGAAGAAGCGGCUGCAAAAGAGGAGCAACUAAAGCGUGAGCAGGCUAGAAAGCGUGAUACUGAGUUUCGCCUUGAGCAACUUAGGGCUGCCCGUGGCUUGGCUCCUUUAACAAAACCUGAAGAGCCAGCAGCAGCAGAGAAUGAUUGCUCAGAACCAAAGUCAAACCACAUUAAUCUAUUCGAAGGAAUUCGAAUUUUUGACCCAAUUAAGGGACGGGAGAAUGAAGGGGGUUCUGAGAGAGACUCAAAGAAGAAGAAGAAGAUGAAGGAGGAGGUGAGGGUUGUGACCGCUGAGGAUGAGAAGUAUAGGUUGGGUUAUGGGGUUGCUGGAAAAGGGGUUAAGUUGCCUUGGUACCUUGAGAGGAGGAACGAUGAUGUGAAUGAUGAGGAGGAUAAAGAUGAUGGGUCAACUAGAGGAAAGAAAGAGGGGAAGAAGGGUGGCAAGAAGACAUUACAAGAGCUAAGAGAAGAAAGAUUGAAGAGGGAGAAGCAGGAGAAAGAGAGAGAAAGGGCAUUGUUGGAGAAGAGGGAGAGAGAUAGAAGUUUGAAGAGCGGAGGUUUUUCCAGGAGGCGAGAUUACUAAUAGGUAGGCUGUAGAUGGACUAGAUAAAUACAAGAUGCUUUAAGAUAUUAUUCUGAUCUGUAAAAAUUUGCCACAAUUUGUAUGGAAGCUUAUCUCUGGGUGAUCAAUGCUGCGAAUUAGGAACCAGGUGAUUUCUUUUCAGCUGGCUGCAGCUGAUAUUACUCAUGUAAACCCACUAUUUCAGAAACCUGGGAUAUGAAUCUCAGCAAAUCCAGAGUCUCGCAACUGUAUCAGCUUUAUUCCGAAGAAUUCAUGCUUCUUUUUUAUUGAAACGGAAUGCGAGUCUCUUAUUCACGAAUAAAGUGAAACCCUUUGUGACUGAAUAGAAUGAACAAUUGUAAUUGAACCACUAAUUGCGUCUAUUGUGUGGUUGAGUGGUUCACCAUAUUGUUGUGAUUGCUGACAAAAUGAACCUUUUAUUUUUAAAUAACAUGUAUAGAAGGCUCCAAGAGGUAUAUAGAAUUGGAAUAUCUAAUAUCUGAAUUUGACAAGGGAAGUUUCUUCAGAUUGAAGCACUA